CAGCGAAUCUUCAGUACAGGCUGUGCCGGUAGUGGCUCUCUAGAGGUUUCGAUCAAUGACGAGAUCGCUAACCUUGGAUGCACAGAGGAACAACUGCGUAUGAACGACUGCUACUAUGACAAAAAGGAUUGGCGAGCGUGUAAGAACGAAAUGGAGGCAUUCAGACAGUGUUGGAAGCGGAAAGGGAACGAGGAACGAACGCAAACGAAAGAUGCAGCUCUUGAGAAGUAG